AUGAAAAAUCAUGAAUCAUGUCCUACUGGCUCUACUCCAUUCCCUGAAGCAAAUGUGAUAACCCAUAACGGGAAAGAAACUAAAAACAGAGACCAUUCCAGCAGUAGUGGUCGAGGUAGAGGUCGUGGUCGUGACCAAUGGCGCGGCCGGGGUCGUGGACGUGGAUAUGGUAGAGAUCGUGGAGGUCAUUUAACAAACUCACAUUCCCACCAGAAGUGGGAACGUAGGGAUGAUAAAGAGAAAAGUGAUACCAAUAUAUGUUACCGUUGUAAAGGAAAAGGUGAUUUUGAUUUUGGCAAUGCCAUUCAAUUUGAUGUUGCUGAUUUCCUUACUUCCCUGGAAGUGAAUAAUUUUGAUUUUGGCAGUACAACUCAUUUAGAAGCUGCUGAUUUCUUCACUGCCCAGAAGGUUACAAAUAGAGCACCUAGAGAAUGGAAUCCUUGUGCAUCAAUCAACAUAGAAAAGGUUCUUAAAAGAUUUUCUAUGGAUACAACACAUCCAUUGAGCAGCCCUAUGGUUGUAAGAUCACUUGAAGUAGAGAAAGAUCCAUUCCGACCUCGGGAAAAUGAUGAAGAAAUUCUUUGUCCUGAAGUAUCGUAUCUUAGUGAAAUUGGAGCACUAAUGUACCUUGCAAAUACAGGCUAUUUAUCUGAUCCUCAUAAUGGUCGGUCACAAACUGGAUAUGUGUUCACAUAUGGUGGUACUGCCAUUUCUUGGCGUUCCAUGAAACAAACCAUUGCAGUUACUUCUUCCAAUCAUUCUGAGAUUUUAGCAAUUCACGAGGCUAGUCGUGAAUGUGUAUGGUUAAGGUCGGUAGUUCAACAUAUAAAAGAAGUUUGUGGUUUAUCAUUUGGGAAAGAGGCACCAACAACUUUAUAUGAGGAUAACGCAGCUUGUAUUGCUCAACUUAAGGAAUGA